ACGUGGGGGAAUAAAAAGGGUGAAAGGGGAGGUGCAAUCGGCGGAAAAGGAAAAUAAAAACCCAGAGACAGAAGAAAUAUCUUGAAAAUUUAACGAAGAUGGUGUCGGCAAACAAGGAAAUGGUGGUCUACUGCUUCGACACUUUGCUCGCCCAUUAUAACAGCGAAGAUGCUGCUCCGCCUGCCUUCGAUGAGGGCCAUCACCCAUUGUUUGUGACAUGGAAGAAGGUUGUGAACGGUGGGGAGCCUCGUCUACGAGGAUGCAUUGGCUCACUUGAAGCUUGCCAGUUGAUUAACGGGUUUAAGGACUAUGCUCUGACAAGUGCUCUGAGGGACCGCAGGUUUCCCCCUAUACUAGCUAAAGAAGUGCCUUAUUUAGAAUGUACAGUUUCUAUUCUGACUGAUUAUGAAACAGCUAAUAACUACCUUGACUGGGAGGUUGGAACGCAUGGCAUAAUUAUUGAGUUUGUUGAUGAUUAUAAUACAAGGCGAAAUGCUACAUAUUUACCUGAGGUUCCGGCUCAUGAAGGUUGGACAAAGGUGGAGGCAAUUGACUCGCUCGUCCGAAAGGCAGGCUUCAGUGGCCCUAUUACCGAGUCACUCAGGAAGCGUAUUAAACUGACCCGUUACCAAAGCACAUUAUUUACAAUGCACUUCAGUGAUUAUGUCUCCUAUGUGAAGGCAACCAGGGGUGCAGAGCCUUCUAUCGUGGGCACUAAGCUCGGAAAUCAAUGAUUUUUCCAACAGCUUUUACCGUAAAAAAGGGCAAAGCUGCUUUGGCUAAAUUAUAAGGACAUGAUAUUAAACAAAAAGAAAAAUGGGCGGAAUAAGUUCGAGUGUGUUCCGACCCAGUUGUGUUAGAAAUUACAGGACACCUUUGGAAUAACAUUCUUCAAACUCGUUUGAUUUUGAAGAAA